UCAAAAAUCCCAACCUGAAUUCACAAAAAUGUCGCUGGAACUGGUGCCCCAGUCUGAGCCGGAGAAGGUAUACCUAAUAACCUACGAAAUGCGUGUACCCGAAGAUACCGCUGCGGCCCUCUUGCCAAUUGUGGCCCAAAAAGCCACAGAGCUGGGAGUGUGUGGCUACAUCGCGCAUACGCACUGUGGCCGCAAAGUGGGCGGCGAACUGGAGGGCGCAGAGACUGGUCUUCAGGCGAUGGUCGAGUGGCUGCUGGCCAAGAGCCAAGGGAAAGAUCUUGGGGACGGGGAGAAGAUCAAAAGCCAGAUGACGGAGCCACGAUUCUCGAAGUGGAAGCUGCAAUCAGGGGCCAAAUACGAUGAUUUCUUCUGCUGUUGAGUGCUGCCUGCUGCCGAGAGGAGUUGAUUAAAAAUCGCAAAUUGCAUUGGCCCCAGAAUA